UGCACGUCUUAUCUGAAAUCUUUAAGAUCUCCAAUCUAUAUAUACUACAGCGUGGUGUGAAAGACGAGAUGUUCAUUUUAGCUAUAUUUCUAUGCACAUUGGUGCAGUAUGAAAGAGUGUUCAGUGCGCCUUGUAACGUGAGUAUCAUUUCACGUGAUGAAUGGGGAGCCAGGGCGCCCAAUGAUCACGACCACAUGACCACACCCGUGACUGUAGCUUUGAUCCACCACACAGACCGAGAUCAUUGUACCAGCAAGGCAGCAUGUAUCGCAGAGUUAAAGGAAAUGCAGAGUUUUCAUAUGGAUAACCAAAGCCACUCUGAUAUCAUGUACAACUUUAUGAUCGGAGAGGACGGCAACGUUUAUGAAGGGAGGGGUUGGAACACGGUGGGGGGACACAUGCCGUCCUGGGGGAUUGUCAGUCAGGGAAUCGCCGUCAUGGGCAACUUCCAACUGGUCCCCCCAAAUGCAGUCGCCCUAACCGCCCUUCAGAAUCUACUGGGGUGCCUAGUCAACAAUCAUAAACUGACAGCAGACUACAAAAUUUAUGGACACAGGGAUGUGGCCCAUACUAGCUGUCCGGGAAACAAGUUCUAUGACGUCAUCAAAACAUGGUCACAUUACGACUCUGGAAAACCCGUGCGGCCGACCAAAACUCCACACCAUUUGUAAAAUAACACUAGUAAAGAAUUCGAAAUAAUUUGAAGU